CCGUAAGAGAGAGAGAGAGAGAGAGAGAGGUCAAAUAUUUUCACACCUUUCCCUCCUUUUUGGUACUCUCUCUCCUCUUUCUCAGUCUGAUAAAUUUUCGAUCUUUUCUUUCUUUCUUUCCCUCUUCUCUUUCUGAAAGAAAAGAACGAAGGAAGUGUUUGGAAAUUCGAUGGACGGCGGUGCAGCUUACAACCCACGUACGGUAGAGGAAGUGUUUAGGGAUUUCAAGGGCCGCAGAGCUGGCAUGAUUAAAGCCCUUACCACUGAUGUUGAUGACUUUUAUCAGCAGUGUGAUCCUGAGAAAGAAAAUCUUUGCCUCUAUGGAUAUCCUGGUGAGCAGUGGGAAGUCAAUUUACCUGCUGAAGAGGUGCCUCCAGAGCUUCCAGAGCCUGCACUAGGUAUUAACUUUGCCAGAGAUGGGAUGCAAGAGAAGGACUGGUUAUCCUUGGUUGCUGUCCACAGUGAUGCUUGGUUACUUUCUGUGGCCUUUUAUUUUGGUGCUAGGUUUGGAUUUGAUAAAGCCGAUAGGAAACGCCUUUUUAAUAUGAUAAAUGAUCUACCAACAAUAUUUGAGGUUGUGACAGGGACAGUCAAGAAACAAGUGAAGGAGAAGUCGUCAGUUUCAAAUCACAGCAGCAACAAAUCUAAAUCGAACUCUAAGCGAGGUUCUGAAUCUCAGGCCAAGUAUUCAAAGACAGUUCAGUCAAAGGAUGAGGACGAGGAAGGUUUGGAAGAGGAAGAUGAUGAGGAGCAUGGAGAGACAUUGUGCGGGGCUUGUGGAGAGAAUUAUGCAGCUGAUGAGUUCUGGAUUUGCUGUGAUAUCUGUGAGAAGUGGUUCCAUGGGAAGUGUGUUAAGAUCACCCCAGCAAGGGCUGAGCAUAUUAAGCAGUAUAAAUGCCCAUCUUGCAGCAAUAAGAGAGCCCGACCUUGAUGCUGGGUGUAUCUUCACUACUAGUUUACUGUUAAUUUAGUAGGUCAGGUUAAUUCUUAGUCUUCUGUUUUAGGAAAGCUAUCUUGAAUAUGAUGUGUAGGCUGCGAAUGUGCUGUUUAAUUGAUUAUAAAUUAGGGUAUUUUUACUCGGUUGGGAUUUAAUUUUCCCCAUGCCACCAUGGAAAGACUUUGUUAUGUAUUUGCUUGAAUUUACUUAUGUUUAUUGGAUAAUUAAGUUCUUUA